UCAUGACAUAACUGAAUAUUAUCAAUCAAACCAUAUUUUCCCUCUUUAUUUCACGAUUGACCGGUAAAAAAUAUUUUACUCCUUUGUUUUCCAGUGAAUCUUAAAUAUAUUGUAAAUUUUAACCAAUUCAUCGAAUACACUAAAAGUAAUUUGAUUGUUAACAAAAUAAUAUUGCAGUGUUCGACAUCAGAGUUAAAAAUAUGGCACAUAAACUAUCGGAGGGUUCCCUCGAAGUUAUCAUGACGGGUGGUCAUUACGACAAACCGGUGAUGCAGGUCUUGGGAAGUAAAAAAAUACAAGGUAGUGGUGCUAAUGAAAGAUUCAGAUUAUUAGUAUCUGACGGUAAACAUUCCCACAGCUUUGCAAUGCUUGCAACACAAUUAAAUGAUAAACUGAUUACAGGGGAGCUUUCAGAUUAUUCUGUUGUGCAAAUAGAUCGUUUUGUUACAUCAUUAUUGAAAGAUACUGGCAAAGGAGAGAAGAGAGUAAUGAUUAUUUUAGAUGUGACAAUAAUUGCUCCCGGUGGAGAAGUAGGCAAGAAACUAGGUAACCCACAGACUUGGAAUGAAGGAUCAACACCAUCUGCCCCACCUACGCCAGCCAUGCAAACAGUGCCAAAACCAAGUCCUGUCAAGCCAAACAUGAUGCCUCGUCCUGCAGCAACAGGUCUAGAUUCUAGUAUCCUCUCCAGUCAAAUGACACAUCCCAUUGCAAGCCUAAGCCCUUAUCAAAAUAAGUGGGUAAUAAAAGCGCGAGUUAUGAACAAAUCCGCUAUAAGGACAUGGAGCAACGCCAGAGGGGAAGGAAAGCUGUUCAGCAUGGAUCUGUGUGAUGAAAGCGGAGAAAUUAGAGCUACUGCAUUCAAAAAUGAAUGUGACAAGUUCUAUGACAUUAUACAGGUAGAUAAGGUGUACUAUAUCAGUCGUUGUACACUAAAAACAGCCAAUAAGCAAUUCACCAGCCUAAAGAAUGACUACGAGAUGUCAUUUACCAAUGAUACUGUAGUUGUCGAAUGCCAGGAGGAUGGUGACUCAGUGCCCAACAUUAAGUAUGAAUUUGUGGCAAUUAAUGAAAUUGGCGCCAAAAAUCCGGACACAUUACUUGACAUAAUAGGAGUAUGCAAAUCAGCAGCUGAUGUCCAAGAGUUAACAGCUAGAAGCACAGGCAAGCUGUUAAAAAAACGCGAAAUCACUCUCGUAGACUCUUCUGGUGGUGCUAUUGUUUUAACUCUUUGGGGAAAUGAUGCCGAAAAAUUUGAAGCGAACAAUAAUCCAGUUGUGUCUGCAAAGGGUGCCCGAUUAACAGAGUUCAAUGGCAGUAAAUCUCUGUCGUGUUUGUCUAGUACAAUGCUACGUCUUAAUCCGGACUUACCGGAAGCCCACAAGUUACGGGGAUGGUACGAUAAUGGCGGUGCGAACAUGGAAAUCGUUAAUAUAUCUGCUAGGGUGGGAGGCUACAACACUGGCAGUAAUGAAUGGAUAACUUUCUCUGAGGCGGAGACCCGUCAACUCGGCUCCGGAGACAAAGGAGACUUUUACAAUUUACUUGGUGUCCUCACAUUCACAUUCUCAGAUAACGCACUGUACAAAGCGUGUCCACAAGAACAGUGCAAUAAGAAAGUUGUGGAUCAAGACAAUGGCUCCUACAGAUGUGAAAAAUGUAAUCGAGAAUACCCUAAUUUUAAGCAUAGACUACUUUUGGCCGCAAAUAUAUCUGAUCCGACUGGAGACCAGCGCAUUACAGCUUUCAACGAGACCGCAGAAGCCAUGCUCGGCAAGACUGCGGCAGACGUCGGCCAGAUGUUCGACUACGACAAGAACGCAUAUAAUCAACUUUUCGAGAAUGUCAAAUUCAAGACAUUCGUAUUUAAAUUUCGAACUAAAAUGGAAACUUACAAUGAUGAAGCUCGACUUAAAACAACCAUUAUGAAUGCGCAGCCUGUUGACUACAAAGAAGCCAAUUCAAGACUAAUUAAAAGCAUCAAAUCUAUAACCGGAGUAGAAGUGUGAUAUAAAAUUGUUUUUUUUUUAUUUUUCUAAAUAAUCGCAUAACUUUAUUUUAAAUACUUGGCGCUCCUAUUAGGACUGAAAACUACAGUUAAACUCAAAUUAAUGGAAUAUGUUGUUACAACAUAUUUAUUAUUAUUGAUUCAUUAAGCCAUUUCAUGUUAUAAAAAAAAAUAUCAAGAUCAAAUUGAAUGUCAUAUUUAAGACAUUUCGUAAUUUCACAGUUAUAACGCUUGUUCGGAAUACGUCUCGAAAUAGCUUUCAGAAAGCAAAUAAACUAGUAACUUACACACAUCUAUUUCAAAAAUUGUAUGUAAUAAAUAUGAAAAAUGUUAUAAACACUAUGUAACACAUACAAAUUAAAAGAGAUUAGUUAUGAGAGUUCCUAAGCUUUAAUUAUUGAAUUAAAUGGUCUAGAAUUGAAGUAGAUGUCCAUAAUUAUGCAGCUAUCUGUUUCGAAGCAUUUUGUUAGUUUUGUUAUCUUUGAAUUAAAUAAACUUAAUUCUUUUCUAGUUUUAAGACGUGAACAUAGCACCAAAAUGUAACUAAAUAAAAAGCAAUACCUAAUUAUUGCAGGCCAUGAACGGGUAUUUAAUUGUUUUGUCGGUGUGAAAGUGCGUAAUACACGUCACUCAUGUUAUAUUAUUGUUAACAAAUAUGGGAUCGAUUGUAUCAUAUUUAAUUAAAAUACAACUUCCCGUAUAUACUUAUAUUUAUUUAGAAUGUUAACAAUAAAUGAAAACGUGUAAAACAUAUUAGUGAUUCCGCGCCUGAUUGCCAGUGUUGCCACGCGUAAAUCGCGACAAGAGGCCACCACACACAUUUAAAUUAAGUAUAAUAUUACGCCGCGAACAAAACAUUGUAAACCAUGUACCAACUGUUACUAUACAAAUUUAUAUGUAAGAUCUAAUAAAUUUAUUUUGCAUACGUCGUGUUUAUAAUUUUUCAAUCUCUUAAUCAUAUGGACGCGUAACAUCAUCAAAAAUUAUGACGACUUGAUUGAACGGUCAAAACACUAAGAGGUAACAAAUUCACUUUAAAAUUUAUUCUAAUGUAUAUAUGGAAAGAUGUUUAGGCGAUGGAACUGAAUCUGCUUCAAUAUUAAUGUAAAUGAACCUUGAAUUGUAUAUCAAGUAUCAAUAUAUCGUACUUUGGGAACAAAAAAUGUAACCGGGGAAAACGUCACCUCCUAAGUACGCACACAGAACUGAGGCACACAAUAAAACAAAUAUUUUCACUAGGUACUUUAUUUCAAUCUCAUUGAUAUGACUCAUAAUUUGGCUAAAAUGGACAUUUUUAUUUAUGUACUCGAGCAACAUCAAAUUCAUGUUUAUAUAUUCCAAUUCUGUAAUGACAACAUAAAUGAAAUCAAAAAUAUUCCGUUUUUUUCUUACUGAUUAACAACCAUUUUAGUGGCACAAUAAUGAUAAUUAUUCUACUACGCAACUUUUAUAAGUAUGAGCACAAAAUGAACCAAAAAGCAGUCUUAUUCAUACACAAUACAAAGAAUAAAUUUGGACUUGCGGCAAUUUGCGACACCUUGCGGCAAUUUAAAAUUUGUAUUCCAAUAAUUCAUUGUCCUUAAAUUAAUUUCUUAAUAAUAAAUGUAGCCGCCUGUUCUUGUUCGGACGAAAAAAUAAUAUAAUCAAUGGUUCGUCUUUCAAAAGUAGUAAUACAGCUAAAUGGGGAUAAUACCCAGAAUAAUUUAAUACCAGCCAAUUGGCUUAGAAUAUGGUAUGCUUAUGUCCACUCACUACAAUUUAUUACAACUACUCAACUUCUUAUAUGGUUUAUAUUAAAACCUAUGACUUUUUGCAAUAUUUAAGAAGUCCAGAAUCUAAUAAGACUUUUUCACUAUUUCAAAAUUAUAAUAUUGUCAACUGAACAUAAUGCUCUGCCAGUUAUACAAAAUAAAACUAUGUAGCGUACAAUAGAGAAAUAACUUAAAACAGAGCGGAAUUAAGAUACCCUCGUUGAAAUAGUUUGAAAUAAAUUAUUAAAUUUAAUUACAACUUCUGCACAAAUAUAAUUAAAUAAUUGACUAGACGCCAUUGAAUUGCUCGAGUACGACACGUGAAGGUGCAUAAAACAAGUAGCUAAUUUAACUCGUACAUGGGGUACCAUUUCUAUAGUGUACACUUACUAUAAAUACAUACAAUACAACAAGAGUGUAACAAAAGAUGACUUAUGAACGAAAUUAAAUAAUUAUGUUAAUUACAUGGCAGUGUGAUAAGUUACAGUAGACAUUUCACAUUUAGAGAUAAACAUCAGAUUAAUCUUAUCAUCAAUUACAAACACGUAUCCUUGAUGACUUGUAGCUUCUGCCCGCCACUUCCAUUUGCCUAAGUCUCGGUAUUUCCUACGUCUGGGAUACCACCAUAUAGAUUUAAGAAUAGUCUUCUCAAUGGCAUAACAAA